UACAGCAACUGUCAAGUGACUCUUCCUGGUGCAGUUGUCACUUUUUUAUUCUAGCUACGUGUGUACGUCUGUGUUGGCAGCGCCCAGGUAGCAAUUGGGACGUCUUUGCUUCGUAUACUGCUUAUUCUGAGGUCGUGAGCAAUUAGCAGACACGAACAGCUUAAUUAAAUCCGUAAGUUAGACGUUGAAGUUAGAUGUUGAAACUCCUUACAUGUUUUUGUGCUGGCUAGCUUCUGACUGCUAGUUGAUGUUCGAGUGACAUCUGACAGAUCUGCCUUAAUGCCGUCACCGACGCCUUCUAACGGUGAUAUGAAUCAAAUGGAGAUGUCGAGGAGGAGUGCCAGAUUAGGGACCAAGGAUCUGCCCGACGAUGAUGCGGCGAGCACCAGCUCCACCGGCUCCACGGGCCAGGUCUCCUACAGAGAGACUCCCGUCAGAAUCUUCAAAAGGAAGUCUGGGGGGGGCCGUAAGCCGGCGGGCUCCUCUCGAACCUCCAGCCGCGGCAGCAGCGUGUCGAGUGAGACGGUGAACCAGAGCAGCGAGCCCAUCCCGACGGAGAGAUAUCCUAGUGUGUCCUCCUCAGCGCUGCGUGCCCCCAUAGUGAGGUCCAGCUCCAGCAGCAGCAGUCGCCACUUCCAGCCGGAGGCUCCAGGCUUCUCCUCUGGGUACUCCUCCUCCGAGGAGGCCUUCUACAAGCCCAGCCUCAGCACCAGCGUCAGCCCCGCCUCCAGUUCCCUGCAGUCUCCCGCAGAACCAGAGUUUGCCUUGAAAGAUGCCCUCAGAUCUCCUGGUUCCCUGCAGUCUCCCGCAGAACCAGAGUUUGCCUUGAAAGAUGCUCUCAGAUCUCCUGCCCAAUCUCUGGUGAUGGUGUACUGGUGGUUGGGGUCCGCCUGGUACCGCCUCACCUCAGGAAUCUCAUACCUGGAUGUGUUUCUGCUCAGCAGGCGAACUGCGGGCGUGAGGAAGGCAAUCCUCCUCUUCCUCCUCUUCCUCCUUCUGGCAUUCGGCAGCUGGUACUGCUAUCCCCACCUCUCACGCAGUCUGUCUCAGAUGUCUGUGAGGAGCAGACCACCGGCCCAGGCCCAGCCAACCCCCGUCCAGCCUGGAGUCAACGAUGGCAUCUCUCCUGGCAGUCUGUCCACACUCAAGGAGGAGAUCUACAGGCAGCUGCGGGAGCAAGAGGCCAGGUGGUCUGAACACACGGCCCGAGAUCUGGAGAGUGUCAAGAGAGAGAUCAGUCUUCUGAAACAGGAUGAACAGAAACAGCUGCACGCAACCGAGAUGCUGCAGAGUGAUGUUCAGAAUCUUCUAGAUGAGAGGGUGAAAAUGAGCAGUGUGCAUCUGGAGCAGCACAGCUCUGUGGGUCAGGAGAUCGCAGGGGUCCAGCAACAGAUUACACAGCUGAGAACUGAGGUGUCCGACCUGCGUGCAGCCUCAGAUUCAGUCCAGAAGAGGAUCACAUCCCAGGAAGAUUCUCAAAUCAAAGCUGCUGCCCUGUUGAGGGAGGAGUUGACCACCUGGCUACUGGAGAAGCUCUCCUCCGAGCGGCUGCCCCUCUCUCUGCCUCUGCCUGAGGACGUAGUGCUGCAGCCUCACCUGCAGGGGGCGCUGGAGGCUCUGGAGCAGCAGCUGCUGAAGAGGCUGGCAGAGGAGAAGGAGAGGGAGAAGACUGACGCCUGGAGGACCGUGGGAGAGACGCUGCAGAGGGAGGGUGUGGGGGCCAUCACUGUUCAGGAUGUGGAACUGAUCGUGCACAGAGCCUUGAGUUUGUACAGAGCUGACGGGAUUGGCAUGGCUGACUAUGCACUGGAGUCUUCUGGUGCGAGUGUGGUAAACACACGGUGUUCUGAGACCUACAGGACCAGGUCUGCCUGUCUGAGCCUCUUUGGGUUCCCCCUGUGGUACCACUCCGAGAGCCCCCGCACGGUCAUCCAGCCUGAACUGUACCCUGGUAAAUGUUGGGCGUUCCGCGGGGCCGAGGGUUUCCUGGUGCUCGCCCUGUCCUACCCCGUGCGCAUCACCCACGUCACCCUGGAGCACCUCCCCAAGGCCCUGUCCCCGACCGGACGCAUCGACAGCGCACCCCGCAAAUUUGCCGUCUAUGGUAUGUCCAAUGAGCACGAGGAAGGCACCCUUCUGGGAACGUUCUCUUAUGACCAGGACGGCGAGCCCAUCCAGACCUUCAAACUCCCGGCCCCGGUGAAGGAGGCGUACCGGAUGGCGGAGCUGCGUAUCCUGAGUAACUGGGGCCACACGGAGUACACGUGUGUGUACCGCUUCAGGGUGCACGGGGAGGCGGAGGAGGCCUGAAGAGGCCUCUCUGUCCACUGACCACUCAUGAAGAGGAGGUUUCAGCAGGAUCUCUCCUUCUCUCUCUCUCUCUGUCCACUGACCACUCAUGAAGAGGAGGUUUCAGCAGGAUCUCUCCUUCUCUCUCUCUCUGUCCACUGACCACUCAUGAGGUCGAUACGGCUCAUCAGAUCAGGAGUGCACACCAAACUGCCUCAUUCACUGUUACACACACAUACACACACACACACACACACACACACACACACACAUUAACACAGUGUUGGGAAGUAACUGAUGUUUGCCCAGAGGCAAUAGGGCUGAUAGAAUUCCCCUCAAACAGAAUGAUCUCACAUUUUUUCAGCACGUUCUCCUGUUAUGCUUCAGAUGCAAAAUAUCUCUCUUUGAUUCCGAUGGGGAGCGAUGCGUCCACCAGAUGCCUUUUCUUCCGUAGUCAGUGUUGACAGACGUCACUAGCAGAAGAGGGUGUGAGCGCCUCGGCCCAUUCAACUACGACGUGGUGCGUCUCUGGGUUCCUGCUCUGUUUCUGCAAAUACAAACAGAAGGAAUGUUAGGAAUGUCUUAAUGCAUGAAAUAUUGUUGAAAAAUGUUUGAAAAAUGUAGAAUACAAAGUAUUUAGUUAUCUAAGUUAUCUAUCUAGUUAGUAAGUACAGAUUACAUUUUUACCUUGCAGUGUUUAAUCUACCCAACACUGUGUGUGUGUGUGUGUGUGUUUACAACCACAAUCACAGACAACACAUACAUGCAUAAAACAAUAUUUCAUUUCAGUUACCAAUUACAGAUAUGUACAUUUGUUGGAUACUUUGCACUAUUUAAGCAACUAUUUUUGCUUUUGACAAAUGCAUAGGAAUGUCCCCCUCUGCUAUUUAUUUGUUUGUAUUUGAUUGACAGGGGGGGGUGUGGUAUUAUGCCACAGGAUACGUUGCUUUAUUUGACCUUUGUGUGAUGCUCUAUGGCCAUGCUAUGAUCUAUGGUCAUGUGAUGAUCUAUGGUCAUGUUAUGAUCUAUGGUCAUGUGAUGCUUUAUGGUCAUGUUAUGAUCUAUGGUCAUGUUCUGAUCUAUGGUCAUGUUAUGAUCUAUGGUCAUGUGAUGAUCUAUGGUCAUGUGAUGCACUGCCAGCUCUCAGCAGGCAACACAUGCCUAAGGGGUGUGUAGGAGACAAAGUGCUUCUACUGAUGUUACACACAUCUCCUGCUUUCAAUCAUCCCUAUAUAGCUCCAUUAGCAAGUUCUCCUUGGACACACAUUUCUCCAGUACAGAGAUGCAUGCAGCAGAGUAUAUCGACACGCAUGCUAGCGAUGAUGCCGCUUGCAGCUUGAUGGUUGAUCAAGAUUGAAUGUAUCACAUCUGUCUGACCAAGUAUUGAAGUCCUUCGUUUUGGUCUGGCGAAUAGGCCUACCGGAGUGUUCUUUUAGUUACUUUUCUGAGUAAACAUUUGUUAAGAGCUGAUUAGUAAACUGAUUUUACUUAAUGAACAAGAGUGUGAACAUGUACCAUACUGGCAUUUAAAUAUGGUACUUUAAGCCAUUUGCUAAUGCCUGUUGUUGGAUAAUCAUUAAUCCAUUUUUAUUGUUUUGCUUCCAAACUAAUACUUGAAACUGCAGCGGGUGGAGACUUGUUAAGAUAUUUGACUAUAUAUUUUUGUAGGGCCACAGCUAAUGGAGCAGACUUAAAUCCAUCAGGGCUACAAAAUUGUUUUGUAAUAUGUAAAAAAGAAAUACAGUUUGUAAUAACUUUAUUUUGCAAUGCUAGAAAAUCAGUCACAUGAAGAUUUUGUAUUGAGGUUUUUUUUAAGUGUAAAUACUUUUUAAUAGUAUUGUUUUCAGUGCAUGAUGUGAUCAUCAUAGCUCUUCAUGUUCUAGGCAUAACUCAUUUAGUAUUUAAUGAACAAACUCCAAAAUGUCUAUGUAACGUAGAUCCAAAGGUAGAAAUACACAAUCUGAAAGUCAAUUUUGUUGUAGCUGUUGUAGGGACAUUUUAUUUGUAUGGCUGGUCAUGUUUAGCCCAGGAGCUUCAAGCCACAUCUUUCUUUACAAAACAUUGUGCAUGACAACACUGAACUGGCAUCAAUACAAACAUAUAACAUAUAAAUGACAUACAAUAGCUAAAGGCUAAACAUGCUAAACAGGUCGUCAGACAUUUUACCUCUGCAUUUAUGCAAAUAGAGCAAAAAACAUGUUGUGGUACUGAAUGUAGUUGUAUGACUAAAGAUAAACUCACAUGCACAUACAUGGGUCAGAUUCCUCAAGGUACACUAUUUGAAAAUACUUAUUAAUCAAGGUAAAGCAAGCUGAAAGAUACAAAAAAAAGAGUUUAAAACACAUAUGUUAACUGGAUUGGAAUAUUGACAUAAGAUUUGAAGUAAAAUAAUCAAACAUUUUGAAUGUUUUUCUUUAGUGGUGGAUAAAUCUGGCCUUAUCUUUAAACUUUUGUUUAUUUGUGUUUAUUUUUUGCCUUUAUCUGCAAAAGUAAGACUGUUUGAUCCUUGUAUUGUGCUUAUUUUAUUGUCUUAGGGAAAAAAAGUGUCUAAUUUAACAAACUUAAUAUUCAUUACAUAAACCUCCACAUAAUGCACCCAGGUUUUGACUGUUUCAGGGGUGUUCAAAUCAGAGCUUAUGGUCAAAAAAUAAAUGUUACCUCAUUGUGAAAGAUAGCACAAUAUGUUAAUAACAGUAGGUUACUUACCAUAUUAAGGUACAUUUCAGAUAUUUUUUACAAUCAGAAGUGUUUUAUUACAUUUUAUUUUGCUUCAUCUGUUGUUUUCAUGUUUGUGUCCUGUAAAAGAAAUUGACGUUGGAUCUGUUGGAUAUACUUCCCUCGCUGGUCUGGGGUUGAUAAUAGAUAUUUUAUGACAGGGUAUCAUGACCAAAGUGCUUCUUGCUUCUUUGACAUGACGCAUAAAUAGCUAUGUAACAUGUUCACUGUAGUGUCUUUAUUGUCAGAGAAAUAAUGUUAUUUUUGUCAUAUGCAUAUAGGCGAACCGUAGCUGAAUAUCUGUAAUCAAGCUUUUAAAAAAUUGUAUUCUUAAAUAAACUAAUUGCUUUGAAUAAUGA